AGAUGGUAUAGGAAACUAAAAUGGCAGCUAGAUGGUUUGCUGUUCGUUCAGAACACUCUACUUGCUUUAUGAGCUAGGUUACUACACUGUAUCCGUCCUCCUCAGUGUUGCUGAUCCAGUUCUAGAUCUAAUAGUAGGUUUCAACUACCUAUCAGACGAUGACACAGUGUUUGGGAUUGCUACACUAUGUCUCUGUUUUCUCCCCGGUCUCCUAAUGUCCGCCCUUAGCUUCCAGUGGAUAGUGUACGACUCCACCCUCGAAUCUAUGAUAAAGAGUCUGAUGACACAAGAGAGAUAUCAUGCACCACGUGACUACACCCAUUACUUCAAGAAGAAAGGAGCCCCUCUCCCUCAGCAUGAUGUGGACACUGAACACAACACUAUUAAUUUAUCAGGUGGAAACCCAACUUAUCAGCUAUUAAACUUUAUCACAUAUGAAAGAUAUGAGGAUGUGGAGAUCCAUCCUCCGGAGAAGAUGGAAGAAAUAGAGUUGGACGGUGAGAAGAAGGUAGCAGGGGAGGGGACAGCAAAUGAGAACAAGACAGCAGAGAAUGGAGCUGCAGCGACAUUCGACAGAAACAUACCCUCACGCGCUAGCAGGUGGAGAGCACGAGCUAAAAGAGAACAGAGUCAGAUUAGUGUUGAUGCUGGUCUCAGCAGAUACCCUCUUAUCAUCACCGGCCCUACCAUAGAUGGUGAAAUUAAAGGGAACGUGAUCAUAUUAACUGAAGAUGAGCAGCGUAGGAUUAGAGAAGUUGAAUCCGUGGAAGGAAAUGAUAGAAAUUGUUUUAAUAAGAGAAAGCGAGUGUUUUUCAAGACGCUGGAAGAACUAAAAAUAGAACCCGUGAAACCCUCUCUGGAUAAAGUAAGAUUUAUUGAGAUUAUCUUUCACGUGUUGGGUCUUCCAGGGAUCACCAGAUACGGGGCUCUCUUCUUACAGGCUCUCAGAAAUUACCGUAAGAGAGAAGAGCUGACAGAUAAAUACGACUUGUUUGUGAAGGAGGCGACUGAGCGGGGUAUUAAAGAGGUUUACUUUAACAAGGAUCUAUCAGAGAAGUACCAUGGUAGACGAGAUGCAGCUCUUCUCAGAUUGAUAGAAGGUUCACUAGAGUCCACCCCCCAACUCCUACUACAACUCUAUAUAAUAGUGGUUUACACACAGUGGACAACUAGCUGGUUCACCUACCUCUCGGUAGCAGUCAGUUUUACUAGUGUUGUGUGGAGUAUGACUAGCUACAUCUACGAGCACCGAGCAGCCUCAUAUGACAAAGCAAGUAUGGACAUGUACGCCUACUUCAUCACAAUACUGAUAAAGCUAUUCAUGUGUAUCAGUAGGAUAACUGCUAUACUCCUAGCUGCUACUUACUCUGGGUAUUUAGUAUUAGCUGUGUGUAUUGGGCAUUGGUUAUCUUGUCUGCUGUAUGUGUGUUACGCUAAAACACACUUCUAUGGUGGUCUUAUAUACAACGAGUGGUUCUUUAAGCUGAUAACCAGUAUUACACUAGUCCUUACUUUCAUGAACAUUGUAGAAGGAAACUCUUUCGUCCGAUGGUGUGGUUAUCAUGGCUUCACUUUGAUUCAGAACUUAAUAAUGCUACUAUUGUGGUAUUUUGACCACUAUUCUGAGCCCUCAAAACCUGAUUUCUAUGGAAUAAUGCUAAUAUGCAUGGUUGUUGGGGGAACGAUAAUUGGGUCUAUUCUAACACUCUUCUACUACCAGUUGUGUCAUCCAUCCAAAAAGCAUGUUCUGGAACUUUCUAAGGUUGGUCCGGUAUUAGAAGAAUUGAGGAAAAAACAUACAUCAAGGACGACCACAUUCCAGACCAGUGUGUAGUUAUUAAUGUGUAAUUUAGUUAAUGUAUUCGAAGUAUUUACUGUUUAACUUAAUUAAUAAUUAGUAACUAAUUAAAUUUGUGGUUUUAUUGAUUCGUCUGAAUUUUUCAGUUUUUACCUAACUUAUUGAGAAAGUUUAUCCGUUUGUAGCAGUUUUUACUAGAUGUAGACCUUGGCAUGUUUAUUCUAAUCGAAACAGUGAUCCAUGAAUAAAAUGGACACAAAUUACCUACCAGAUAACCUUCAGUUUAGUACACAUCGUUUUUAAAAUUAUAACGGACCUGAUAAUCUUUUUAGUCGUUAUGGAGUCAGGAUGAACUUGAUUGUAAAUCUCAGUGCUUUCACUUUUUAGUUUAUAUGUUUUAAACAGUUGUCGAUACGAAUUAUAACCGAAACUUUAUCAAAUACUAAUGUAUGAAGUAUACUAGUAUAGCUUAUUUACAAAGUUACAGCUUACACAGAUAUCCAUGUAUUACUUGUGAACUAAUAAAAUUAGUUAUAAAAA